GGCGUUUAUAACAUAUUUAAUCUCAUUCAUGAAUCGAACUUCCUUUUUAAGUCAUGGAUGACAAGGCUUCUGUUGGAAAAAUCAGUGUCUCUUCAGACUCGGUAUCCACUCUUAACAGUGAAGAUUUUGUCUUGGUUUCCAGGCAAGGGGAUGAAACACCAUCUACAAAUAAUGGUAGUGAUGAUGAAAAAACAGGACUGAAGAUUGUGGGGAAUGGAAGCGAACAGCAGCUGCAGAGGGAACUUGAAGACGUGCUGAUGGACCCGCCCAUGGAGGAUCCGUCAAGUGACCGGGACCAUGGGGAAGACGUUCGGACUGAUGGAGAUAGGGAAGAACCUGUCGUCCUUGAAGCUUCGGCAUCCUCUACCAUUAAUCCAGUGUCGGUGGCUGGACUCCAGAAACCAGAAAUGAGUUUGCCAGUGAAACCAUCCCAGGGAGGCUGUGAGGACUUGAGCCCUUUCACACCUCUGAGCGAUGAGGACAGCGUGGUGUUUAGCAAGCUCACCUAUCUGGGCUGUGCCUCUGUGAACGCUCCCCGGAGCGAAGUGGAAGCCCUCAGAAUGAUGUCCAUUUUACGCAGCCAGUGCCAGAUUUCUCUAGAUGUGACUCUGUCAGUGCCUAAUGUCUCUGAAGGAACAGUGAGACUUUUAGAUCCUCAGACAAACACAGAAAUAGCAAAUUAUCCAAUCUAUAAAAUCCUUUUCUGUGUGCGAGGGCAUGAUGGAACCCCUGAAAGUGAUUGCUUUGCUUUUACUGAAAGCCACUACAAUGCAGAACUCUUCAGGAUUCAUGUCUUCCGAUGUGAAAUCCAAGAGGCCGUGAGCCGAAUACUGUACAGCUUUGCCACUGCCUUCCGUCGUUCUGCCAAACAAACCCCGCUCUCAGCCAUUGCCACCCCGCAGACGCCAGACAGUGACAUCUUCACCUUCUCCGUGUCGCUGGAAAUCAAAGAAGACGAUGGGAAAGGUUAUUUCAGCGCGGUUCCCAAAGACAAGGACAGGCAAUGCUUUAAACUGCGCCAAGGAAUUGAUAAGAAGAUAGUGAUCUACGUCCAACAGACAACUAACAAAGAACUUGCUAUUGAGAGAUGUUUUGGCCUUCUCCUUAGCCGGGGGAAAGAUGUUCGGAGUGGUGACAUGCACCUUUUAGAUCUGGAGUCCAUGGGUAAAAGUUCUGAUGGGAAAUCAUAUGUGAUCACUGGGAGCUGGAAUCAAAAAUCUCCACACUUCCAGUUUGCAAAUGAGGAAACACCAAAAGAUAAAGUAUUGUUCAUGACUACCGCUGUGGAUUUGGUGAUAACUGAGGUCCAGGAACCUGUUCGGUUCAUCCUGGAGACUAAAGUGAGAGUUUGCUCACCCAAUGAGAGGUUGUUCUGGCCCUUCAGCAAGCGGAGCUCUACUGAAAAUUUUUUCCUAAAAUUGAAACAGAUAAAGCAAAAGGACCGAAAGAAUAACUCGGACACGUUAUAUGAAGUUGUGUGCCUAGAGAGUGAAUCAGAAAGAGAGAGGAGAAAAACUACAGCAAGCCCCUCGCUUCGUCUGCCCCAGUCUGGGUCGCAGGGCUCCAUGAUUCCUUCUCCUCCAGAGGAUGAUGAGGAGGAAGACAAUGAUGAGCCACUCUUAAGUGGUUCUGGAGAUGUUUCCAAAGAGUGUGCAGAAAAAAUUCUGGAGACAUGGGGAGAGCUGCUGUCCAAAUG